GCGAGGGGAGGUUAGUGUGUCCCCUCGCUGGCGAUGGCCGCAGCUUGCCCUCACUCUGCCUGCCCCUCAUGCCCUCACUCUGGGGGGCACAACCACCAUAAUGGUCACUCUGCGCCUCCUCCUGUCACACCCACAGGCCAAACAGAAAACGGACACCUGCUGAAAUUCAAGAUAUACAAAAUACUGAACGGUCCGGUGCAGCAGGCCUUCGUGUAUGUGUUCCACCAGACAUACACACAGGAUACCGAUGUGUAUAACUCGGCCGUCAAGUGUGGGAUAACCGGUUACUUCAGCGAGACUGAACUAGCAGCUCUGAAGCGCGAAAAACGGCCCAGAUACCACAGUCUGCCAUUGCUCUUCAAGGUCCUGAAGACCUGUUGUAAUCCUUCGUUGGCCGCUCCUACGAACUCCAUCUGGAAGACUUCGGAGCCCCUACGCGAAGAUGAUGAUCUCUCGAGCGCUGGGACGGUGGAGAGGCUUCUCCUGACAUUCAUGAAGACUUAUGAUGAGAUAUGUAGCGUGCAGAAGCCAGUUAGCCAAGAGCAGUUUGAUGAGAGGAUAUCGGACAUAACGAGGUGGUUAGAAUGGCUAAUUGAAGGUGCUGGAAGGUUUGAUGUUACUGGAAGAUGGAGGGAAGAUCUGGAGAAGGUAAUGGGGCUCCUUCAAGACAUCUUGCUGGGUGAACACAAGGAUAGUUCCUCCGUGGAAAUAGCUGAGGACGUCACAGUGGAGCUUCGUAUGCGCCAUCAGCUGUUCCCUGAACCAGAAGUGGACCCACUCUUGCUCUGGGUAUCGGAGGCCAGAGAGAUGCCCAAGAAAAGGACCCACAAAGCCCCCAUUCCGGACAUCGGCCAGAAUAUAGGUGUCCAGAAUUUGGUGACUAAACUGAACGCUGCUGCUGGUGGUGGUGGUGAUGGUGGUGAUGGUUCGAGACCCAGUGGCAGAGUUUGUCUCAUCAGAGCAGAGCCUGGGUGUGGACGAACAUGUCUGGCGACUCUGCUAGCCUCAUCCUGGACACAGAUGGAUGACAGAAUCCGUCAGAUUAGUGAUUAUCAGGCUGUCAUUGUUGUGUCUGGAGUGGCAGUUAGUCUAGCUAACGAUGAUUUUGUUCGUGUGAUUCUUCCACUAUGUACCCUGACCCACGGUGUGGAUAAGAUUCGAACCUGGUUGAGUGAAGCUUGUGUGUUGCUGGUUAUUGAUGAUGCUGAAGAGUUGUGUAACAAGUGUGCAGAAAAGGUUAAAGAUUUUAUUCAAGGAUCAAAAUCCAUUUCAGCAAUAAUUCUAACAGUUCCCUCCUAUUAUGACACACUACAACAUGAAUGGGCAGACAUUAUUUUAACGAGUUUUCAUCUGAAUGGUUAUAAUCGCGAGGAAAUUAUUGCCUUGGCUGAACAAAUUGUGUACCACAAGACAGAAUCAACAGAUCCAAAAUGUUUAAAAAAGUUUUUGACUAAAAAUAUCUGCAGACUUGAACGUGUGUUGAAGCACCCGCACACACUUUCACAGGUGUGUGAAGCUUUUAUUGAGCAGCCAGGUAUAUAUGAUGAAGUGACCACAGCCACAGAUAUACUCUGGACUCUCAUACUCUGGAAGGUCCAUCACGCGCUUCACUCCGAUCCCCAGACAAGCUCGGAAAAGCAAGUAUUACAGUGGCUUAAGCUUGCAGGGCAGAGUGCUCUCGAAGCCUUCAAGGCCGGCAGAAGAUUAGAAGGCGACUACAUGACACGCCUCGAAACUGAGACGUCAAGCAUGUUUUCCAGCACCAUUUGUCAGAGUCUGAUGUUGGGGGUGUUCAAACAACGCCACUUUCACGGAGCAGACACACGAGGCUAUAGUUCUAUUCACAGUGUUCAACAGGAGUUCCUUGCUGCUUGGUAUACAGACCUUAAAAUCCUCGAAUGUCAGAAAUUAGUAAGUUUAAUUGGGGAAUUGCAGUGUGCAUACCAACUUGCAUUAUUUAUGGGCGGGCUCAUGCUGAAGCUCAAACGGGGCUCUGGGGGCAGCUUAUUGGAACUGGAUGAACGAAGACUGAUUGGCGCUAUCCUCAACCACGCCGAUGACAGCAGUGAACAUCUAAAUUUUAACUUAGAUCUCGUUGCUGAAGUGAAGGCUACACCACGCCUGUUAGAAUAUAUCGUGGAGAUGUCAGAAUAUCCUGAUGAAUGGAAUAUAAGUGCAGCCGAUGCCCAACUGGUGCCCAUACAAGGUCUAUUGCUUAAUGUUGCACCCACGAGAAUCUUUCUGAAUGUUGAAGAGCUAAAACCAUACGCAGAAUUAAAUCAAGUGAUUAGUUUCUUGUGUCGCGUGGACAUUUUUGUAUGGCUUGACAGCACGUGCCAGUUCAGGUAUGGUAAUGGUAAUAAAAUGGAUCGGAUUAUCAAAGCAUUUUUUGGAGAGCACGUAGUGACCAAGAUUGAUCUCCUGGCUGGCUGUGCAUCCCUCAGAACCAUCAGAGAACUGGUCUCACAACCAGCAUUCACUCACUUGGUAUACAUCAAGAUGCGAGCCUUGGACAAAACCUCUCUAUCCACUUUGCUUGUCAUUAAUCAAUUCCUACCUAAGCUACUGUGGCUGGAAAUCAAAAUAGACUUUUUGGUCUUGGAGGAAGACAUGAAUGAUUUACCGUGUAGCACAGUGCCUCUUAUGGACAUCCACCUACAAGGAACAAAAGCCUCGUGUAUACCCAAGCUGGCUAACUUCCUGGGUACUAUACACACCUGCUACACGGGUAUCCACUUAGAACAAACGUCCCUCACCCCAGAGGACCUGUUUGUAUUGCUGAAGCAGUUGCAGAAGCGGGACAUCCGCUUGUACUCACAUCCAGACUGUAGAGAACAGUUCAGAAGGUGGUAUUAUCCUCAGCUGUCUGCCUGCGGCGAGCACGUUAAGCUUACAGAUGAGCUGGCUCAAGAGAUACUAGGCUUCGACGACCGGGUCUAUUACAGCAAUCAUUUCGUCGACUCCUCGUGCUUUGCUCUGGCUCUUGACGCUUGGAAUUUGAUGUCAUAUUUGGAAGAACAGGAAGAUAUCAUCCAGUUUAAGUACAGGACAGAAAAUCUCUCCUUUAUUAAGAGACUUGAUGGCUCAGUUAGUAUUGAAAACCACAAAGCAAACUGUAAUUUACAGAAAUAGUUGGGCUUUGUCUUUUAAAACUUAAUAUACGAUCUAAGAAUGUAUUAAGCUUGCUCAAAUUAUCCUUAUUUUCGUUAGAUAUCUUUGGAGCAGGAACAAAAUUAUUGGGUGGUUAUAAUUAGGAGCUGCCUCGUAUUGGCCAAUAGGCCUUCUGCAGUUACCUUUAUUUUGAUGUUCUUAAAAUGUCAGAGUAAUUAAUAUUGUUCCAAUGGUGUGUGGUCGCUGGCUUGACAUUACUUGAUUUAUCAUUCUUUAAUUAAAACUAUAUUGUUUAUUGAUAUUAAAUAAAAGCUUGCUCAACUGGGGUAAUCAAAUAUUAAUGUUUAAGUUUGCUUGGCGCCACAGGCAGAGGUGUGUGCCCGCAGGCAGAUGUGUGUGCCCGCAGGCAGAGGUGUGUGCCCGCAGGCAGAGGUGUGUGCCCGCAGGCAGAGGUGUGUGCCCGCAGGCAGAGGUGUGUGCCCGCAGGCAGAGGUGUGUGCCCGCAGGCAGAGGUGUGUGCCCGCAGGCAGAUGUGUGUGCCCGCAGGCAGAGGUGUGUGCCCGCAGGCAGAGGUGUGUGCCCGCAGGCA